AUUUUUUUCUUUCAUUUCCCCGAUCGGCGACGAGUGGAGGCGUCCGUUCGAUCGCUUGAUUCCGUUCACGUCAUCUUUUAUCCACUAAUGUCUGAUUUUUGUAUCCCACAUGCUUAGGGUUAACCGAAUAAAGAAAAAAUCCAAGAAUCCCCGCACCAGAAGAAAAGUACGAGUAUCGAAAGGCGUAAAUGUAAACUAGAAAGUGUGAGCGAAGUUGCGAGGUGUCUCGUCCGUCCGGUUCGAUCUGGAUUUGAGCAGUUUGAACCGCGAGUUGAAGUCCCUUUCCCUCGAAUUCCUUUAUUAUUAAAGUUUAGUGGUGUAUUUUACAGACUUUUACGUUUAUUUAUCCGUUAUUCGGAGUGUUUUAUUGGUGUAUUAGUUAAUUUAACCCGAUCCAAAAUGUCCGAAGAAUCGUCAGCGGAUCGUAAUGUCGAGAUUUGGAAGAUCAAGAAACUCAUCAAGAGUUUGGAGAUGGCAAGAGGCAAUGGUACAUCCAUGAUAUCUCUGAUCAUACCACCGAAGGAUCAAAUCUCUCGAGUAUCCAAGAUGUUGGCUGAUGAAUUUGGUACGGCCUCUAAUAUCAAGUCCCGAGUGAACAGGCUAUCGGUGCUGGGAGCAAUCACAUCUGUACAGCAUCGACUUAAACUUUAUACUAAAGUGCCACCAAAUGGUUUAGUUAUCUAUUGUGGUACUAUUGUGACUGAAGAGGGUAAAGAAAAGAAAGUCAACAUUGAUUUUGAGCCAUUCAAGCCUAUUAACACUUCCUUAUACUUGUGUGACAAUAAAUUCCAUACUGAAGCGCUCACCGCAUUACUGGCUGAUGAUAACAAGUUUGGUUUCAUCGUGAUGGAUGGUAAUGGUGCACUGUUUGGUACAUUGCAAGGAAAUACUAGAGAGGUUCUCCAUAAGUUUACUGUGGAUUUGCCAAAGAAGCAUGGUCGCGGUGGUCAGUCCGCGUUGCGUUUCGCACGUCUUCGUAUGGAGAAACGUCACAAUUAUGUCCGCAAAGUGGCUGAAGUGGCAACACAGCUGUUUAUAAGUGCUGACAGACCGAAUGUAGCGGGUUUGAUUCUGGCUGGUUCAGCUGACUUUAAAACUGAACUCUCUCAAUCCGAUAUGUUUGACCCGCGUCUUCAAUCUAAAAUUAUCAAACUAGUGGAUGUAUCUUACGGCGGUGAGAAUGGAUUCAACCAAGCAAUAGAGUUAGCGGCGGAGUCUCUACAGAAUGUGAAGUUUAUUCAGGAAAAGAAGCUGAUUGGAAGAUACUUCGAUGAGAUUUCACAGGAUACUGGAAAAUAUUGUUUUGGUGUGGAUGAUACUUUGCGAGCGCUGGAACUUGGUGCUGUGGAGACACUCAUCUGUUGGGAAAACCUUGAUAUACAAAGAUACGUGUUGAAGUCUCACGCCACCAAUCAGGAGACCAUUCUCCAUCUCACACCCGAACAAGAGAAAGACAAGUCACAUUUCACUGAUAAAGAGAGCGGAGUAGAACUGGAGCUGGUGGAAUGCCAGCCGCUGCUGGAGUGGCUCGCUAACAACUACAAGUCGUUUGGUGCCACAUUGGAGAUCAUCACGGACAAGAGCCAGGAGGGAAGCCAGUUUGUACGCGGCUUUGGUGGUAUUGGAGGUCUCCUUCGUUACAAAGUGGACUUCCAAUCUAUGCAACUUGAUGAUGAAGAGAUCGACAACCUUUACGACGUCGAUGACUACUAGACAAGCGAGCGAGCGACGUAUGUGCCUUAAUACAACGUAACAGCGACCAGAUUUGUUUGAUUUGAAAAUUGUAAUACAUUGCUAUUUGUGAUUCAACAACAUUACAUUGCCAAUGGGCAUGUUUCCUAAUUUUUGGAAUUGCUUUUAUUAUGUAGAUAAUCCAUAUCUAAACACGGAAAAAAUGUAAUAAAAUCAUAUACGCAUCAUUUCAUUACAAAAACACUUAACUAAAAACAACUUCUUGAAAGAACGCGAAAACGCUCCAUGACGUCACUUCUUUGCUAACAAACUAAGAAACAAUGCAGCGUUUUUAAUUUAUAUUUCACUUGAGACAAACAUUCAAGGUCUCUAAAUGUUGUUAUAGGUUUUAAAAUACUGUCUUUAAAAUAUUAAACAUAACUUUAUUUGGAUUUGUAACAUUAGGAAACAUCCCCAUUGUGAUGAGUCAAUGAUACAUUGCAAUUUGUGAUAAUCAAUGAUACAUUAUAAUUUGUGAUGAGUUAAUGAUACAUUACAAUUUGUGAUGAGUUAAUGAUACAUUACAAUUUGUGAUAAUCAAUGAUACAUUGCAAUUUUUAAUGCAACAAUAAUGAUUCAUAGCAAUUUGUGAUGUAUCGAUGAUACAUUACAAUUUUUGAUGAAUUAAUAAUACAUUACAAUUUGUGAUGAAUUAAUGAUACAUUACAAUUUGUGAUCAUCAAUGAUACAUUGCAAUUUUUAAUGCAACAAUAAUGAUUCAUAGCAAUUUGUGAUGUAUCGAUGAUACAUUACAAUUUGUGAUGAAUUAAUGAUACAUUGCAAUUUGUGAUGAAUUAAUGAUACAUUGCAAUUUGUGAUCAGUUACUCUGAUACAUUAUAAUUUACAACUGUAGGACAGUUUUAAUAGGUCACAAUAACAACAGAAUUUGAUUCAUGUAAUGUUUAAAUUCCGUAUCGAUUCCCAUUAAGCGGUAUUUUUAAUUUUAAUUACCACACUCUUUAAGAUGUAGAUAUAUGUUAAAUACCUAUUAUAUUGAUUAUUAUAUUGCUCUCACUAUUCACGCAUCUAAAUUGUGUUUGAAAAUUGUGACUAAAUCAUGUUGGAUAUAUGUAAAUUGGAUUAAUACAUCUUGAUACUUGUUUGUGAUUCAAAUUAAAUAAUGGAAUAGCUCAAAUAAUAAAUAAUGUCGCUGUUACGUUGUUGAUCGGGGUUAUGUCAUAUAUCGUGUUUUAUUUAUGUUAAAAAAUGUUAGAUUAUUUACACACAAAAACAAAGUAUCAAUAUUAUUUUAUUAAGCACUGGAAAAUAAGAAUGUUUUAUAUGGUUUAUUUUGGUGUCCAAAUGUAAAACAGUAAUUUAUUGAAAAAAACAGAUACAGAAUUACAAAAGAGACUUCAGAACAAAAAUGAACUGAUUUUUUUAUUAAAUGAAGAUUUGUAAAAAAAAA